AGAUGGGGAAGUGAACCUGAGAAUACAGCUUUACAUUAGUGAAUCUGUAAUUGAGAUUUGAAUUAUGAGCUUUGUAGCCCACCUUUAAAAAAUGAUCCAAGUGAGUAUUUCUUAUUUAAAGCAGGCUGUUUCUGGAGUGAUGCUAGCAGGAUACAGUCUCCUUUCCAUGCCAGAGGAUGUCAAUACAGGGAAGGGGGGAUGUUUUUGAAAGUUGUUUGUGUGUUAGAAGCUGGUGGGAAAGUUCAGCCUUCCACAUUUGGAAAAGGCAAGGCUGGGUUCCGCUUUUCCAGCCUGCACUUUCCAUUUUUAGCUCAUUCAGACGCAGACAGCAGUUCCUUCCUUUUCCUUUCCUUGUUUGUGACAGUUUUCUAAGGCUGAUUUUCUACGGGCUCUCUUGCAUUUCCCCCUCCCCCAACUCAGAUUUUGAGGAAAUGCUCUAGAAGAGAUAUGCACAGGUGGUGCCCUCGGACUUAAUACGUUUUUCCCCCGUUUUGGCUGCCACACGGUGUAGUGCAUAUAUUCUGAAUCACAGACUGCUGAGGAAAAGUACAAAGUUGAUAAUGAAAAUGGACAUGAAGGAUGCUGACAUGACUCAAUGGACAGAGGCUGAAUUUGAAGACAAGUGUACAUACAUCGUAAAUGAUCACCUCACAGAGCCCAGCACAGAAGGUUCUACAGUUACCCAGGCUGAGUCUUCCUUGCCAAGGAACUUGAUUUUUAAAUAUGCAGCAAAUUGCAAAGAGGUUAUUGGAGUUAUUAGCAAAGACAUUAUCCCCAAAGGAACACGCUUUGGACCCCUGGUUGGUGAAAUCUAUACAAAUGACACAGUUCCCAAGGAUGCAAGCAGAAAAUACUUUUGGCGGAUCUACUCUGGCGGUGAGCUGCUCCACUUCAUUGAUGGAUUUAAUGAGGAAAAGAGUAACUGGAUGCGCUAUGUAAACCCAGCCCGUUCUGUUCAAGAGCAGAAUUUGGCAGCUUGUCAAAACGGAAUGGGCAUCUACUUUUACACCAUCAAGCCCAUUCCGCCUGGGCAGGAGUUGCUCGUGUGGUACUGCCGGGACUUUGCAGAGAGGUUGCACUAUCCUUCCACAGGAGACUUGAGGAUGAUGAAUAUUACACAAAGACAUGUUAACCCAAAGCAGCAAACCAAUGACAAAGAUGAACUUUAUCAGAAAAACGUUCCCAAAAGAGAGCACAGUGUGAAGGAAAUCCUGAAAACUGAUUUCAGUAACCCUAGAGGAAGGGAUGUAUUCUAUAGCCACAUUUCUCCACAUACUCAAGAAAAAGACUUGGAGGGUUUGAGAAAAAAUUGUAGCCCUGAAAGGACUUUCUAUCCUCGAAUUGUCUACCCUAUCCGACCUCACAUUCCAGAAGAUUACCUAAAAGCUUCUCUCGCUUAUGCGAUUGAAAGGCCUAGUUAUAUUGCCCACUCACCUAUCCAGUCUUCUACCACACCAAGCCCUUCAGCAAGAAGUAGCCCAGACCAAAGUUUGAAAAGUUCAAGUCCUCACAGUAGUCCGGGAGUUACAGUUUCACCCCUGGCUUCCAUGCCUCAAGAGCACAGAGAACCUUAUCCUUACUUGAAUGGACUCUAUAACUCAGAAGGAUUAGGGUCAUAUUCUGGGUAUGCACCUUCAACCCAUCUCUCACAACCCUUUUCUUAUCCCAAAUUCCUGUUACCACCAUAUGGCAUGAACAUGAGCAAUUUCAAUCUCUUUCCAAGGAUGUAUCCUUUUUAUAGCGGCCUGUUCAGUGGAGGAAGCAUCUCUAAUCCAAUGCUGAACUCCUCUCCUCUUCCAAGUUCCUUGCCAUCUGAUGGAAGCCGCCAGCUGCUACAACCUGAGCAUCCACGGGACUUUCUUAUCCCUGCGCAUAACAGUGCCUUCUCCAUCACAGGAGCCGCUGCCAGCAUGAAAGACAAGCCCUGCAGCCCUACGAGUGGCUCACCCACAGCAGGCACAGCAGCUACUUCAGAACACAUCAUGCAACCUAAACCUACCUCAGCAGUAUUGGCUGCCACUGGCAGUGAAGAAGCCAUGAAUCUCAUCAAGAGCAAGCGAAAUAUGACUGGUUACAAAACCCUCCCAUACCCACUGAAGAAGCAGAAUGGUAAAAUCAAGUAUGAGUGCAAUGUCUGCUCCAAAACCUUCGGGCAGCUGUCCAACCUGAAGGUUCACCUUCGAGUACACAGUGGAGAAAGACCAUUCAAAUGUACUACUUGCAAUAAAGGGUUCACUCAGUUGGCUCACCUCCAAAAGCACUAUUUGGUACACACUGGAGAAAAGCCUCAUGAAUGUCAGGUCUGCCAUAAACGAUUCAGCAGCACAAGCAACCUGAAGACCCACUUGCGGCUCCAUUCUGGAGAGAAGCCUUAUCAGUGCAAAUUGUGCACUGCUAAAUUCACCCAGUUUGUGCACUUGAAACUGCACAAACGACUGCACACCAGAGAGCGCCCACACAAGUGUGUGCACUGCCAUAAGAGCUACAUCCACCUCUGCAGCCUCAAAGUCCACCUGAAGGGCAACUGUCCUGUUGUCCCUGCAUCCAACCUUUCUACAGAGGACCUCAAUCGGAUCAAUGAAGAGAUAGAGAAAUUCGACAUUAGUGACAAUGCAGACAGGCUGGACGAUGUUGAGGACAAUGUUGACACGGCAUCAGUGGUAGAAAAGGAAAUACUUGCUGUGCUUCGAAGAGAAAUGGAAGGAACCACUCUGAAAGCAUCGUUGCAGAGGAACCUGGGAAAUGGGCUGGUCUCCUCAGGAUGCAAUCUUUAUGAAUCGUCAGAUAUGUCCAUUGUGAAGUUGCCUCAUGGUCAUCCACUACCUCGGGUACCUAUAAAGGUCAAGCAAGAAACAGUUGAACCAAUGGACCCUUAAAUACUGUGGGAUGUGCUUCUGUGUGUGUGUGUGUGUGUGAGAGAGAGAGAGAGAGAGAGAGAGAGUGAGCCUGCGCACACAUGCAUACUUACAUGUGCAUUGAAUGUGUAACAAGCAGGUUUGUUUUGUUUUUAAGUUAUGACUUGGCAAGUCAGGGUGCCUGUAGCAGUUGUAUAUAAUGUCAAUGCUGCAAAGCAAUCUUGGCUUACAGUAGAUUCUCUAACUUCAACUGAAAGAAGGAACUCCAAAGUUGUUUUCUCAGGGCAUGAAAAGAGGCAAAAACUGUUCUAUUGCCUCUCCACUUCCAAAAAAAGACAAUCUUUCAUCCAUAAUCAUUCUCCAUUAAUACUUCAUAAUUUAUUAUGCAAUUUACCAUUCAAAAAGCAAUAGAUAGAAAUAUUUACAAUGAUAGGAAAAUUCAUUGUAAGUUUAAAUAUGUGUUUUUUUCCUUGUCUUGUGGCCAUUCUUUGAAUUUAUUCUUGUACAUCAGUUUAACAAAGCCUAAAGACUGAAAGGACUCUGAGGGGAAAAUGUUAUAUACUUGUUCCAAAAAAAAAAAAAAAAACCCUUCAAGUUGGAACAGUGCUGUCUAAUUGGACAAAGUAGGAAGAAAUAUGAGAUGACCCUCUAAAAUCUACACAGCACCAAAAGACAUGCUGGUGUUCAAAUAGAUGAAGAGGGUGGUGGUUUCGGUCUGUAAUGCUUUAUGUCUAGGAUGAAUGGGAAACUAAAAUACUUUAUCAGAAAUGGGAUGUCCAAUAGGGUUCCCACCCACCUCAAAAUUAGCUGUAAAGUAGUAGUUGAACAAUAGUAUUACAAAAUUACUUGCCUCCUUCCCAAACUGUUCAUACAGUAUAUGUCAUAUAAUACCCCAAGGAUGCUGCCUACAAAGGAAGGUAUUGCUGGGUGAGUCCUAUUGGGGGUGGGGUCUGAUUUCUAGAUUUUUUAAAGGAAAGAUGUAAGGGACAUCUUUUCUUUUUGUCUCCAUCUACUCAAUUUCCUUGGACAGAAAUUGGUAACAAAGUCCUUUCAUGGUGUACCCAUCCUCCCCCCCCCACACACACACACACCUUUUGUAUAAUUCAAGAUUUCUUUCAGUAUUUGUAUUAGUACAUGUUGUGGUUAAUUUAAUUAAAGAUGCAAAGGGCAUUGCAAAAUUGCUGAACAACAUUUACCUCAUUGAGUGUGUCCAGUGGUGUAGAAAAUGCUAUUUUAUCUACUGCUUUCCUACUUUAGAGAACAAACCAAAAUGUGCAGAGGAGAAGAUAAGCGUGCACAUUCUCUUCUUCCUCCUCUUCCUCUUCUUUCUUUUCUUUUGUAUAUCCUUUUUGUUUUGCUAAAUCCAAAGAGUCCAUAUCAGCAUACAAGGUGUGGCAAAGAAAACAUGUAUAUUUAUAGGAUCCUUAUGCCAAUGUACCAUGUGUGCACAUGCACAUAUAUUUUUGUAUCACUUAAGUUUGUGAGCCAAUUUAUAAUAAAACCUAUUUUGCAUAGCUUACUUCACCUUCCCAAAGGAAAGGAAUACCAGCCUCCAAACCAUAAGACUGUGCCAAAGAUUAAUGAACAUUCGCACAGUAAUAUUUACUGAGGCUUGAUCCUGAAAACUGUUACAUAAACAAGUUUAAUCAUAUGCUAUUUUAAAUAUCUCCAAAGAAUUUUGUGAAGAUUGCAUGGCUGAGUCUUCUGUCUUCUCAUAUGCUCAUUAAAAAAAUUCAUUUGUAGAGGGAAAACCACCCAACCCAGAUUUUUUUAUGGGGGAAAAAAGAUCUCACUCACCAAUGCAUGACAAAUACAAUAUAAAAUGUUAAAAAAGUAGAGUGAGGUAUUUAAAGUGGUCCAGGAAGUCUGCCAUAGUUUUUUUCUGCCUCUUAAAGGUUGCAUGAUUACCUAUAAGUAACGGGGGAAAAGAACUAGCAUUAUUACAUUCUCUUCCACUCUGUCUGUGUAUAUAUAUUUGUAUCUCAUAAUAGUCUUAAGGAAUUAGACUGUUUCAGAAGUGAAAUAAUUAUAAUGCCUUCUUAUUUAAAACAUCAAACAUAUCUAUGGUCUAAAAUAGCCCAAGGAAAACUUUAAUUAUAGCUUUUGAAGGAAGGACUACAGUUCAUUACAUUUCCACUCCCAUAAAUUGUGAGGCAAAUAUAUUUAAAUGUAGCAAUGUUUCAUAAAUGUAGGACUUAACUUUAGGAUAAUCCAAAGUACCACUACUCCUGUCACUGGACACACACCUGCUUUCAUUAAUUGUCUGUAGUGCUUUCAUGUAUUUGAUACAAAUUUUGCAAAGAUUUACAUGCAUCAGCUUUAAAAUUUGCUUCUCUGUCCAAUCUUCUCCUCUCCAUUUAGGAACUUUACAUGUGAAUGUAGCAACAAUCAGUGUUUUUUUUUUAAGAACAGGCUCUGACCAAAGUUAACAGGCUUUUUACUUUGCUAGAACAAACUAUCUUAUGUUUACGUACUGGUUUACAUUGUUAUUUAUGUGCAAAAAUGUCAAAAUGUAAAUUAAAUAUAAAAUGUUCAUUGCUUUACCAGUGACUCCCAUCCAUUUCUUAAAUAUGAGAUAGUGCUUUAUUUUUCAUUCUCAGGAAACCCUAGGUAAACAUUUUAUAUGAGAAAGUACUGUGCAC